GUUUCGUGUAGUGUUCAGACUUUAAUGGAGGUGUAAGUAUAUUACCAGAUGAGGAGGCCGAUGCAGCAUUUUGUGGCGCUUAAUAGUCCCUACCUAUUUGUUCGCAACUAAAACUAUAGCAGCAUGAGUAUUUGACAACGCUAAAUGGUUGACUCCACUCUUGCACGGUUUUCUUACUAAUAUAUAAAUAUUAAGGAGCAUUACUGAGAAUUUGCUUCUACUCCUCAUGUUAUAAUUUCCAUGCUGAAUGUAUGUGGGAAUAAUGCAUGUCAACACUAGCUGUCAUUCGUCUACAUUUCAGAUAAAAAGAUAACAGGUAGUAAGAUUUCAUGAUACUUCAAGAUUUGCCUAAACACAAAUUUAUCACAGGAACUUCACUUGGGCUUCUGCAGGGCUUGUUGUUUCGCCAUAGUGCCCAUUACAACAUUAGUUGCAUUUUAUGUAUUAUACGGUGAUUAUUUUUGUAAGCAAAAGCGACCAACUAUGUUUUUAACGAGCUGUAAGUGUGGAAUAACUAAUAGCUACUUUUCUUUAAGAAAAAAGUAUCUGGAGGUUUAGCGCUACUCUCCAGUGCGACUGCGUUAAAGCGCGCCAAACCAGACCGGUCAGUGACGAUUAACAAAUCAUGCGCUUAGAAAUGGCUAAUAGUUGUUGUGUUUGUAUUAUUGUGUUUUGAGUCGAUUUUAGCAUAUUGAAGAAAAAAGAUGACGGCAAAAAUUGAGGGAGCGCUUGGAGAAUGCCCGGCCGCUUGUCGAAAGCGUGGAGGAAUUGUUACCGAGUGAAUGAGGUCGAACUUUCGGAAGACUGAACCAUUUCAUAAUUACUCGGAGAGAGAGAGAGUGAGAGUGCGUAUGAGAGAGAAUCGGUCACAAUUGGGAAAAGAUGUUCAGUGAAAGCUGUAGAAAAUUGGAAACAAAGACUGCAUAUUACGCCUAGCAGCGGGGAAUCGUGAGAUUUGGCUUUCUGAAACGAAACAACUUCCUGAAUGCGAGAACAGGGGAUCGCCACAGUACGCUUUGUGUGAAUUGUUUCGGUUAACGUUCAUUGGAAUAAACAGACGAUAUAAACACACGAGCGAAGUUGAAAAUAAUGACGCUGCGUUGGCUGUGAGUGACAGAGAAGGGUCUCAUUUCUGACAGCUAGAUUCUUUGUUGGCACAGCAGCCAAUCGUUGAUUUUUACGACACAAUAGUGAAGCCAAAGUUGUGGUAUAAAAAGCCGUGUUGGAAUAUAUGAGAUUUACCAGUGUGCUUGGCCAUAUCCCAGCCCACCAGCCUCUAACAAACUUUUAACUGGAAGCAGAAGAGGAUCCGCCUCAAGACCUGGGAACAUGCAAACAUCACAAGUACUCAUUUACCUGACUCUCUUUGGUGCACUUGGUCGAGUAGGUGGCAGAGACGGUGCUCAAGCGAAUUUGACAGAUAUUAAAGCGGAAUCGCUAGAAAAAGGGCCAGAUAGUGACUAUAACGUGUCCCAGUGCUCAGCUUGUAGGUGGAGGAAGGAGAAUAAAGCCUUGAGACUGGAGUCUAUCAAAUCGCAAAUUCUGAGCAAACUGCGUCUCAAAGAAGCGCCCAAUAUUAGCCGGGAUACAGUGAACCAACUUUUACCGAAAGCUCCUCCUUUGCAACAACUACUUGAUCAAUAUGAUAUCCAAGGGGAUGACAAUAAUGACGCCUUAUUAGAAGAGGACGAUUAUCAUGCUACAACUGAAACUCUCAUCACCAUGGCCACGGAGCCUGAACCUAGUGUCCAAGUCGAUGACAAACCGAAAUGUUGUUCCUUCAAGAUCAGCCCCAAAAUGCAGUUCAAUAAAGUAGUCAAAGCCCAUCUCUGGAUAUACCUGCGACCAGUGAAGCAAACCACAACAGUCUUCAUGCAGAUUCUGCGACUAAAGCCUGUGGGACAAGAAUGGACGAAUCAUACACCGAUUCGCUCUUUAAAAUUCGACAUUAACUCCGGCACUGGCCAUUGGCAAAGUAUAGACUUCAAACGCGUACUACAGAACUGGCUCAAGCAACCUGAAUCGAACUGGGGAAUCCAAAUCAAUGCGUCUGAUAUCAACGGCAUCGACCUGGCUGUCACCUCCCCGGGAGUGGGGGAGGAAGGAUUGCAACCGUUUCUCGAAGUAAAGGUGACGGAAACAUCAAAGCGAUCCAGAAGAAAUCUUGGUCUUGACUGUGACGAACACUCAACUGAAUCUCGCUGUUGUCGUUAUCCCCUCACUGUAGACUUUGAGGCUUUCGGUUGGGACUGGAUAAUAGCGCCCAAGAGAUACAAAGCCAAUUACUGCUCAGGGCAAUGCGAGUACAUGUUCCUGCAAAAAUUCCCACAUACCCACCUCGUACAGCAAGCCAAUCCUAGGGGUUCGGCUGGACCCUGCUGCACCCCCACGAAGAUGUCCCCUAUAAAUAUGUUAUAUUUUAACGGAAGAGAACAAAUCAUCUAUGGAAAAAUCCCAGCAAUGGUAGUGGAUCGUUGUGGCUGCUCCUGAGAACGACCAAAAAGACAUGAUACGUCCCGCCAACUGGACGUGCGAAAUACGGUCGUGUCAACGAUUUUCUGCAUCACCCAGUACUGUGCAAUAGGCAAAGAAGAGAUUGUAUUUGUAUUGCUCCCCAAAAAAACUAAUAACACGGGCCGAACGAGAACAGCAAGAUUCCAAAACACAUAAACCAAUUCAACGGUCCAGCCCAUUGUUCCAUUUCAAACAAGAGGAGCCAGUAUACAUUUCUAGCAAGACAGAGCAUCCCAUACAAAUUCAUCCAAAUCUAAGUAUGUGCGAGCAAUUCCAAUCCCAAUUUUGACGAAUUGCUUAAAAGUAUAUGACGAAUUCGAUAAUAGAAAAAUGCCAUUGCAUGUGUUUAAAAUGAGCUCAGAAGCUUUCUGACAUAGACUUGACACUUCAUUUCUCAGAUCAGAGAAUUACUCGGUCAUCAGCCAGAUAUAUAAACUGUAUUCGUGUAUUUACAACAGAUAUUAACGUUUGACUACAAUAUUUAACUCUUGGUUCAGAUAAACAGGAGCAUUUACAUUAUCAAGUGGUCUGAACUACUCUAAACUUGAAUUUUAUGCAUUGGCAUUAAGGGACAGAAGGACUGUCUUUCGAAGCUAACAGAAGCACUAUGUCUGUGGACAAUGUUUAAGGCAAAAUGCACAGGAAAACCACAAGUCUGAUAAGUGUUAAGACCCUGUUUGAAUUCUGCCUUGGCAACAUUACAGUUUGCACUACGGCAAGCCAAUAGAGAGAACUGAAUUGGUUGCUACAAAGUUGUAAAAACUGAAUUUGAUAUGACUGCGUAUGUUCGUUGAAUAAUGUGUACAUGGCAUUCAUUUUGUAAAUGUUUUUCUUUUUUUUCCUUUUCAUCUUUUUCCAUGGUUGGUAUGAUUUAACAGGUCUACCAAGAGCAAGAUUUGAUACAACUUACAUUAUGUGCUCAAUGAAUAAAGGUGCUUGCUUUUGCUGUAUCUCAAGUAAAAUACACAACAGGAAACACGCUAGAGAAAACACUAUGAAGGAAAAGAACUGAUGAGUUGUGUCCGGUUGUGAGCAAUAUGUGGUAUUGCACUGGGGGCACUAUCGUGGUGGUCUUUUUCUUCAAGUCCAAGAAAAGUAACAGUGGUUGAUGACAGUAUAGAGUCUCUUGUAGAAUAAGAUAUUGUACAGAAUCAUUCUUGUACAUUUUUCGGCUCGGGUCAUUAUAUCAUUCACGUUAAAAGCAAUUAUUUUAUUAAAUAUACAAUUUUAAAACUUA